AUUCUCAAGUGGUGGCUCACACAACAACCCCAGGGCCACCACUUGAGCCAGGUAAACAAGGGAUCAAUAUUGUGCCAGUUUCUAAAGGUCCAGGCCCAGCACAUGCAGCACCAGUUGAUGGAAACAUAUUUCAGUCCUUUACAUCUUCAUUAAGGGCACCGGUGGAGUUAAAGGGCACACAUCUGAAAUGGGCGACCCUCAACAAAAGGACCACAGGCACGGAAAGACCACUACCUCAAAAUCUAAACAAAUGAAGCACCAUCACCAAAAUCAAGGCCAUCGUCAUCAUCAAAAGUUACUUCAGUCAGAUUACAAUGAAAGCCCUGACACCCAAUCAACAGCAGAGGACAGCAUUUUCACUGACCAUCCGUCCGACCAUCAGCGUCAUGAAGACAAGACUCAACAUCAUCACCAUCACAAACACAACCAUCGUCAUGCUUCUCUUUCAGAAACCUCAUUGAGUUCCUCCUCUGGUUCCUCCUCAUCCUCAUCCUCUUCUUCAUCUUCUUCUUCUUCUUCUUCAUCAUCAUCAUCAUCAUCAUCAACAUCUACACCCUCCUCCUCUUCUCCCUCUUCCUCCUCCCCUUCCUUUUCUUCCUCCUCUUCAAAAUCGUCCUCUUCCACUAGCCUGUCCUCUGACACCAGCAGUAAGUGUUCAGACAAACAUCAAAUUAAGAAGCCCCAGCAUUCACAGUCCUGCACUGACAUUUCCAGGAAGUAUUUUGAAGGUGACGACACAGCCCCUUUGAUAGAUAAAAGAGGGCAUCAAAACAGGCUCUCUGCCAAACAAAGAAAGGAUAAAGACAAGUCAUCUCACAGUGGCACCCAAGGUACUCUUAAGAAGAAACAGAGGACUACAAAAGGCUUAGGAAAAGAUGGGAGUUUCCGCAAAGCAAAAUCAAUGGAGGCUCUCACUAGACCCAAAAAGAGAGAUUUGCACAGAAAUGAAGAUGGAAAUGAACAUGAUGGGAGAAAAGGUGAAGCCACGAAGAAUGUAAUGAAGGAAAAAAAGGAUUUCUCUGCCUUUCUGAAUGAGAUCACUCGACAGGUGCUCAGCCCUAUGAGACUCAGCACUCUUGGAGUUAAAGAUGCCAAAAAAACCUACAGUCCAGGACAUGUCUCUGUUAGAUCAAGUAGGGCGUCCAAACCUGAGAAACAUAAACAGCCGAGGAGUCGGCUUGCCAGUAGAACCUCAGUUACCUCCAGCAAGUUCUCCCAUACCAGCAAGCACUCCUCUCGUCUUUCUCACUCUCAAGAACAUCAACGACACCACUCCACAGACUCACCUCUUAACCUGAGUCGCUCCCAAUCACCGUCUAGUGAGCACUACCAUCACCGUCACCAAGGACACCAUCACAGUUCUAGUCAUCAUCAUCAUCAUCACCAUGGUAAAUGCAACACCCAUAGACAUCACCAUCAUCACAAAACCCACCACAACACAAGUCAUCACCAUAGUGAUCAUGGUCACUCAUCCCGUCACCAUCACUAUGGUGACCAUCAUCACAGGGACCAUUACAGCCCAAACCCACACCAUGGAGAGCAUCAAAGUGCGAUUCUUCAACCUCACCGGGGCAAACAUUGUAGCCCUUCUAGUCGUCAUCACCAUGGCCACCACCGUGACCAUGCUCAUCACCACCAACACAGUUCAAGUCACCAUCACCUUACCAACCACCCCAACAUUAAACACCCUACAAAAUCAGGUCACCAUGGAGAUCACCACAGUAAAUCUCAUUGGCACCACCAUAGAGACGACCACAGCAAAGUUAAUCAGCGUCACCAUGGAGACCACCACAGUGAAUUGCAUCAGGAUCACCAAGGAGACCACAACAGUGAUUCAAAUCCCGAUCACCAUGGAGACCACCAAAGUGAAGCAAACCAGCUUUCCCAUAGAAACCAUCAUAUUGAAUCGCAUCACCAUGGAGACCACAAGAGUUCGGGCCAUCUGCAUCACCAUGGAGACCACCACAGUGAAUCCCAUCACCAUGAAGACCACCACAGUGAAUCACAUCUGCGUCACCAUGGAGACAACAACAGUGAACUUCAUCACCAUGGAGACCUCCUCAAUGAAUCCCAUCACCAUGGAGACCAGCACAGUGAAUCGCAUCCGCGUCACCAUGGAGAACAUAACAGCAAAACUAUUCCGCAUCACCAUGGAGACCAUCACAGCACAACUCUUCCGCGUCACCAUGGAGACCAUCACACCAAAACUCUUCCGCAUGACCAUGGAGACCAUCACAGCACAACUCUUCCGCGUCAGCAUGGAGACCAUCACAGUAAAACUCUUCCGCAACAUCAUGGAGACCAUCACAGUGAAUCUCAUCAGCAUCACCAGGAAGACCACCACAGUGAAUCAAAUCACCAUGGAGAACAUAACAGCAAAACUAUUCCGCAUCACCAUGGAGACCAUCACAGCACAACUCUUCCGCGUCACCAUGGAGACCAUCACACCAAAACUCUUCCACAUGACCAUGGAGACCAUCACAGCACAACUCUUCCGCGUCAGCAUGGAGACCAUCACAGUAAAACUCUUCCGCAACAUCAUGGAGACCAUCACAGUGAAUCUCAUCAGCAUCACCAGGAAGACCACCACAGUGAAUCAAAUCACCAUGGAGACCACCAAAGUGAAUUGCAUCACCAUGGAGAUCACCACAGUGAAUCACAUCACCAUGGAGACCACCAAAGUGAAGUGCAUCACCAUGGAGAUCACCACAGUGAAUCACAUCACCACGAAGACCACCACAGUGAAUCGCAUCUGCGUCACCAUGGAGACAAGAACAGUGAACUUCAUCACCAUGGAGACCUCCCCAAUGAAUCCCAUCACCAUGGAGACCAGCACAGUGAAUCGCAUCCGCGUCACCAUGGAGAACUUAACAGCAAAACUAUUCCGCAUCACCAUGGAGACCAUCACAGCACAACUCUUCCGCGUCACCAUGGAGACCAUCACACCAAAACUCUUCCGCAUGACCAUGGAGACCAUCACAGCACAACUCUUCCGCGUCAGCAUGGAGACCAUCACAGUAAAACUCUUCCGCAUCACCACGGAGACCAUCUCAGCAAAACUCCUCAGCAACACAGUGAAUCACAUCGGCAUCACCAUGGAGACCAACAUAGUUCUGGCCCUCUGCAUCACCAUGGAGACCAGAACAGUGAAUCCCAUCACCAUGGAGACCACCACAGUUCAGGCCAUCUACAUCAUGGAGACCAUCAAAAUCCAUCACAUCCACAUCACCAUGGAGACCACCACAAUGAAUCGCAUCACCAUGGAGACCACCACAGUACUGGCCAUCCCCAUCACCAUGGAGACCACCACAGUGAAUUGCAUCCACAUCACCAUGGAGACCACCACAAUGAAUCGCAUCACCAUGGAGACCACCACAGUACUGGCCAUCCCCAUCACCAUGGAGACCACCACAGUGACUUGCAUCCCCAUCAUAAUGGAGACCACCACAAUAAAUCCCAUCCGCAUCACCAUGGAGACCACCACAGUGCAGGACAUCUCCAUCACCAUGGAGAUCACCACAGUGAAUCGCAUCAGCAUCACCAUGUUGAUUACCAUAGCACAAGGCAUAACCAAGGACAUCACCCUGAAUCACAUCUCAACCAUCCCCACUCCAAAAAAAAAGAUCUUGACCAUGAGGAUCUUAAUGAUCCUGAUGAUCACAACGCUCAUUUAGAGCAGCAUUCUGCUGGCAGCCCAGCUCUCUCCAGCAUUGCAGAUUUACCCAGGAGUACUAGCAGCCCCUCCAGUCAGGAUGAGGAACAGACAAGCUGCACUGGCUCAUCGUUACAUAAAGAAAAGAAACAUGGACUGGGUAAAAUCAUACUAUAUGAAAACUGCUCCUCAACACAACAGACUAGUAGUGUUCUAGAGAAUAAGCUUCAGUCAGCGGCUCAGGGUAUGGAAGGAGAACGUGAGAGGUUGAACCAGCGUAUUUCUGGACUGACGAAGCACCUCGCUGAUGCAAAAUGUGCCAACAGUGUGGAAAAAUUCAAUUUAGGUGAUGCCAUGAAUCAGGUGGUUUCUCCUAUCACCCCGCCUCCGGCUGAGUUCAUGGACAUCCAUGACUACAACAACACCAACCCUGGAGGGCAAGACCAAUGUCUGGGGCCAGUUCCAGAGGAGGAAGAAUCUGACUGGUCAGAGAUAGGAGAUGAUACCCCACGAUUUGUACUGACAGGAUCCAACAGAGGUCAGGUAUGGAGACACCGGGAUGCAGAUAUGGACAAAGACAGCGAGUCAGGUGGUGAGGAAAUCCUCAGAUGCCAAAUGCAGAUACCUCAUCUCCAGUUCACCAUCCACAAUGAGAAUCUGUCUGAAGCUUUGACAGGUGAAGGCACUUACAGGAUCACCACCAGUCCAAACGUUGGCUCCGCCAUCCUGAUACGGUCUGCUAGCCUUGAGGAAAUCCCACUGGCACGCCAUCAUAUGCAGAAGGAGCUAAGGGGCACGGAGGCCAUGAUGGACCUCCACCACCAAGGGGGUGAGGCCGUCGAAGAUUUAGAUAAUGAGAUCAUUCAUCACUGGAGAACCAGCAACGAGAGGGACGUGGCUGUUGUGAGGCCAUCAGAGGCAGAUCUAGCCGGCCUGCAGUCAGCAGAGCGGAUGCUCAACCACUUCAUAGGUGGACCGCAGGCUGGAGUAGAGCAGGGGCAGGGCAGGGCCGAGGUGAACGCCUGGACAGACGAGGGGAUAAAAGCAGAGCGAACAAAGCUGUGACAGAAACAUGAAGGCCCUGUUCACUGUGUCAAAACAUAUAGUACUUUUAGCUAUAUAUUUAUUAGUAAAGUUCAAUUAAGCUCUUUCUUUCACGGGUUCAGUGGUUCUGCCCCGCUAAUUAACAUGUGUUUGGAUUCAACUUAACCUUUUAAUUAAAAAUGUUUUAGUAGUUUUCUGAGGAGCUCCCCCCACAGCUUUAGGACUUCCUUAAAGAGACAGCCACUAAACAUGAGUUUUAAGAGACCAGAGGGUGAAUGGAGGUGUAUUCAGGCUUGCAUCAUUAAAGAAAUAACAUGUCAUUUGAACACUAAAGCGUGAUAAAAUGUUCCCUUCAAAAUGCUAAAUAGAAGAUGUAACCCCCUAUGUCCCCUUUACCUCUUUUGGGUUCCUCAUUUGUUUCUCAAAACAUAUUUAAAAUAAGAUAGACAAUUGUAUUACAGCGUGUUCAUUCAACCCCUAUUCAUGACUGUACUUUUCUGUAACUUGAAAAAUCCCUUUAGAUUUAGUCAUUUAAUGGAACCUUUUAUUUUUUUAGUAUAAUCAUCAAUAUAAGCAUGUCGUUUCAUGUCUUUAAGCUGUUUGCUUUUUGCAUGUAACAUUAUGUAAUCAUAAAAUAUUUUCUUCUUUUGUAGGUAGCCUCAAUUAUGCAUUGUUGAAUGCUAUAUAAAUAUAUAUACUUCAAGUAAUCUAAAAGAAAAAGAAAAUCCAGUGCUUUCUUGUUAAUCCAUUUGUUGUUGUCUUAGCGUGUACUAUAUAACAAAAUGUAAACUUAUAAAUAUAAAAUACCUUUAAAUAUGUGUAUAUGCAAAACU